UGAAAUUUAAAUUAUAAAUAAUUUCUAGUUUGUCGCGUUAAACAGCAGUCGUCCGACAACCAGCUUACUAAGCAGUCGUACGCAUAGACCUGAACGGUGUAACAAACGGUGAGUCAGCUGAAACAUGAAAUUGUUAACAGUAAUAAGCCUCGCUUUGUGCGUAGUUGCGAGAGCGCAGCAAGUGUCCUACGUGCCCAACUCGCCUGAUCCAAAUAAUCCGGGUCAUUGCUUCCACAAUGAGCUGCAGCUUGCCAUCAAACUGAACGAGACGCUCAAACCAGCCAAUGUAGACUUGUGCGCCGAAUUGACCUGCGAGAGGGAAGCACUCAUACGUGUCAAUCAUUGUACACGCACGUUCCGUCCCAGUUUCUGUGAGGACUCAAAGUGGCACCCCACAGAUUUUAGUAAACCCUAUCCGGACUGUUGUGAACAUUACGAAUGCAAUAAAUAGUUGUUGAUGAGGAGACGUAA